AUGGAGACUACCAAUUGUACGGAGAUCUGGUUUAAGAAGCUGCACGCUAUGCUGAAGGCUAUCAAUUCCACUCUUCAUAGCAAACAGUGCUGCCAACUGGAAACGGGGGCAGACAAACUGGUCAAGGAAACUCCAGUCAACCAACCUGGCCGUGAUGACAACUCCUACAUGUAUAUUCUUUUCGUCAUGUUCUUGUUUGCUGUCACAGUGGGCAGCCUCAUCCUGGGGUACACCCGCUCUCGCAAAGUAGACAAGCGCAGUGACCCCUAUCAUGUAUACAUCAAGAACCGAGUGUCGAUGAUCUGA